CAUCCGAAAAUAGAAGAAAUCUAUAACAACUGUCUAAUUGUUGAUUUCAUUUUUUUUGUGAUUUCUUGACAGCAUGUCUGCAUUAUUUAACGGUGAUAAUUCCGAUUCUGACGGAGAAUUAAAAAUAAAUACAGACUAUGCUAAGAAUUACAAUACUUGGCGACAAAAAGAAGAAUUAUUUAAACUAAAAGCAAAAUACGGAGAUGUCAAUGAUAGUGCACCCUCAGAUGAAAGUUCUGGAAGUGAAAGCUCAUCUGAGGAAGCGGAAGAAAAUGAGCUGACAAAGCAAUUUGAUAAGGAUUUUUAUAAGACAUUAGCUUAUUUAAAAAAUAAAGAUCCAAAAAUUUAUAAUGAGGAAGUAACAUUCUUCGAAGACACUAAAAAGGCACAAGAAUUACACAGUGAAAAAAAGAAACAGAAAAGUGCAAAAGAAAAAUCUGUGUUUCUAAGAGAUUAUGAAAGAAACAUUAUUUUGGAAAGGGAAGGAAAAUUUAGUGACAGUGAAGAUGAAAAUGAACUGAAAAGGAAUAAGAAGAUAAUUAAAGAUAUCACAUAUGUUCAAGAACAAAAUCAAUUGAAAGAAAGUUUCAAGGAUGCUUUUCAUGAUGAGGAAGAGGAAGAUGACUUAUUGAAGCCAAAAACCAAAUCAAAAGAAGAAAAAGAAAAAGAAGAAGCAGACUAUAAAGAAUGGCUGAAAGGACAAAAGAAAAACAUAAAUGAAAAUGAACAGCAAGUGCUCAAACCUCUGCGAGAUUUUUGGUCCAAUCCUAAUCUGGAUGCAAAUGAGAAAUUCUUGAGGGAUUAUAUUCUUAAUAAUAAAUACUUAGAUAAUGAUUAUACUGGCUCAGAUUUAGAUGAAGAUGAAAGACACUUGAUUCACAACAGCGACGAAAAUUUAUCCGAAGAUGAAAAAAACAUUGAAAAACAAGAGGAAUUUGAACACAAAUAUAAUUUCAGAUUUGAAGAACCUGAUGAGGAAUAUCUUAAACGAUAUCCACGUACUAUGGAAAAUUCUUUAAGAAGAAAAGAUACUCGUAGAUCUGAAAAAAGAGCAGAGCUAAAACAAAGAAAGGAAUAUGAAAAAUUGAGAAAGGAAGAGGAGCUAAAACAAUUGAAAGCGUUGAAAAGAAAGGAGAUUGAAGAAAAAAUAGAAAAAUUAAAAGAAAUUACAGGAAAUGACGACAUACAGCUUAAUGAUAUUGAUUUGGACGGUGAUUUUGAUCCUAAUGAACAUGAUCGAAAAAUGACUAAACUUUUUAAUGACGAUUACUAUGCAGUUUCUGAAGAAGAUAUUAAGCCUGAAUUCCCGGAUAUUGAUGAAGAAUUGGAGAUUGAAGAUACGUGGGAUAAUUAUGAUCCAACUACGGAGAAUUAUGCAAAUGAGGAAGGAUACGAAGGUCCACAUUGCGAGGACGCAGAUUUUAAUAUGGAUGCCGAUUACGAUCCAUCAAAAAAGGUUCAAGAAGAAAUAAACGCUCCAAAAAGAAGAAAAAGAAAGAGAAUGUCAAAAUUCGCUGAACUUAUAGCAAAAAAGAAACCAACGUUUGAUCCUCAACAGUAUAAGUCCUAUGAAGAAUACUUUGACAAGUAUUAUUCAUUGGAUUAUGAGGACAUUAUUGGUGAUACACCUUGUAGAUUCAAGUAUAGAAAAGUCGUGCCAAAUGAUUUCGGUCUGAGCGUAGAAGAGAUAUUAAUGGCUGAUGACAGGGAACUGAAUAAGUGGUGUUCCUUGAAAAAAGCUCUUCAGUACAGGCCAGACCACGUGGAGUUAAAUGACGUUCAAAUGUUUAAGCGGAAGGCCCAAAAUAAGGCACUCAAGCAGAAGAUCCUUAAAAGUUUAUACACUGAUCCUGAGAAAGAAGAAGAAGAUAAGGAAGAAAAUGCUAACAGUGUUUCUAAUACGGAGAAUAUAGUACCGAAGAAGAAACGCCAAAGAAAGAAGAAAAACUUACAAGAAGGUCAAAACGUUUCAUUCAUUGCAAAUCAAGAGAUGUCAAAUGAUAAGGAAGAAAAAGAACGUCGUAAAAAGGUUAAAAAUAAUGUAGAAGUGACACAGGAAAAAUUAAAGGAAAGUUCAAAAGUUGAAAAGGGGGAGAAAUCAGAAGAAUCUGCUAACUCCGUCACCGAAAGCAGACCACAGAAAGAAACCAAAACUGCAAAUGAAAUUAUUAGUAAAGAAUCUUCAUUCGAGAAGAAGGUUAAGAAUCAGAAUCACAAUGAAUCUAAUUACAAGUUUUCGAAGAAAGAAAAAUCGAAAGAAAAAAUAACAAUGAAGUUUAGACAGAAGAAAAGGAAAGAUUUCAAGAACAAGGAUGUCAAUGAUAACGUCGCUUCAUUGAAUCCAGAGAGGUUAAAGACGUACGGAAUAAAUGUUAAGAAAUUGAAGAAUAAACUGAAAUAUAGCAAGAAGCAACAAAAAUCUUGAUAUAUUAUAAAUACAAACAUGUAGAUAUACAAUUUAUUACCAAAACUGACUGUUUUUUAAUUCUUAUAUUCUCAUUUUUUACAUCGUCAUUGCAU